AGCCUGGACUUCUUGAAUAAAGUGCUGGAGCGCUCAGGUCUCGGCAACGCCACCAGCAUCCCAGAUGUGCCGGAGAACGGCGGCGUUCCCUGUUCCAUGCAGCAGGCUAGGGCAGAGGCGGAGGCGGUGCUCUUCGAAUGCACGGAGCAGCUGCUGCAGAAGCUGAAGCUGCGCCCGGACCAGGUGGACGCUGUGAUCAUUUGCUGCUCGAUGGUGGCCCCGACGCCGUCACUGGCGGCUGCGCUGGUGCACCGGUUUGGCAUGCGGCCGGAUGUGAUCACUUACAAUCUGGCCGGCAUGGGCUGCGCUGCGAGCACCGUGGCCGUCGGCCUCGCGCGCGAACUCAUGCAGGCGUACACAGGCAUGCGCGUGCUGGCAGUCAUGACAGAGCCGGUGUCUGCCUCGCACUACCGCGGCAGGAACCGUUCCAUGCUCAUCCCCAACGCACUAUUCCGACUGGGUGGCGCUGCAAUUCUGCUGUCCAACCAUGCUUGCGAGCGUCGCAGGGCAAAGUACAAGCUGAGUCACAUAGUGCGACUGCACUUCGGCAGCAGCGAAGCGGCCUACCAGAGCAUCUAUAGGGAGGAGGACGAAGACGGGCACCUGGGCAUUCGGCUGGGCAAAGAUUUGAUGGAAGUGGCGGGACACGCGCUGAGGGCGAACCUGACCUGCCUGGCACCGCGCGUGCUGCCGUGGGCCGAGCAGCUGCGCUACCUGCAUAACGUCCUCCUGCGCAAGGUGCUGGAGCGCAAGGUGCUGCCCUAUGAACCAGACUUCAACCACGCGUUCCAGCACCACAAAAUGCAUGCAGGUGGUCGGGGGGUGAUCGGGGAGAUAGAGAAGCAGCUGCACCUGACGCCUGGCCUGGUGCAGCCCUCCAAGGACACGCUGUACCAUUUCGGCAACACCUCAGCAGCCUCUACUUGGUAUGUGCUGGCGCACAUUGAGACGUAUCAGGGGAUGCAGAGGGGAGAUAAAAUAUGGCAGCUGGGGUUUGGGGCGGGGUUCAAAUGCAACAGCGCAGUGUGGCAGGCCAUGCGGCCUGUCAGGGACCGACACCGAGCCUGGAUCAGAAAGGAUGGCAGCGAUGGCGUUGGUGUCAAGGAUUCAACUGGCAGAGCUUCGAAAUGGGACUGA